AUAGGACAUAACGUCUGGAGUUUGUAACAAUUCCCAGGUUGUUCAUACUAGUGAAUUAGUUAUUUUGAUCUUUAGAGCCUUUUUCAUAUAAUCUCAAAAAUUGGCUUUGUUUAACACACUCGCAGUUGAACCUAUCAUAUGUUCUUUUCUAAGAUCCCCUGUAUUGUCUCAUACACACACACAUAGUUUUUAUUGCGAGGUGGCUUCACAUUCACAAGCAGUGAAACUACAGGCCCAGAGGUUCUUGGAUUGCUUGCUGUUAUUUUGUUUACCAAGUCUCAUAUGAGUCAGGAUAUCUGACACACGCCCGCUGCAGUAGUAAUGGUAGCCCAAAGUGUAGAGUUACCAACCCGUUGGUACAGCAAUGCUGCUUAGCAACACCGGAUAACAUUAAAGACGAGUUGAGAUCCGGUUAGACAAGAGACUUAGACCUGCUUUUGCUCUUGCGUCAUGAGGGAGCAGCCAUUUGGCAAUUCCAGAACCCUGGACAGCGACUGUAAAAUUUGAAUGUCAUUGUUAGUUUUUUCUGAGAAAUAUUGGCUGGUUUGAAGGGACAAAUAUGGAUAGAUGCUUCACAAACAAGGAGGAUUCUAAGGAUAAGUCUGUAACCUUGAAAGACAACGUUUAGAGGAAUGUUCAGGAAGAUUAAUAAUGUGUUUCGUCCCAACCAUCACGGACACAGAGGGAUGGAUGGUGGUGGAGGGUUUCGGUCCGAGCAGGACUACCACAAAGCCUGCACUGUCAGACUGGUCCGCAGCACCUCCAUGCUUGUGGUUGGAGAGAAAACUCAGGCAGCCGUGGGCUCAACUUUGAAACGGAGCAAAAGCACAGUGAGCAUUGAGUCGACCUUUUACUAUUAUCAGAGACAAGAGGACAGGAUUUGGCUUUACUCGCAGAAUCAGAACUGCCUGGAGUACCUGGAAGCACUUGUGGCUUUGAGACAGCAAUACACAAAGAGUGUAGUUGACUUGAAAAGUAAUGACACCAAGGCCACAGUGUCCUCCAAGAAGAAGCCUGCACCCCCGCGGCCUACGAAGGAAGAACUGAUAUCAAGAGCCAAACCUUCUGCCCCUCCAGUCCCCAACGAGGAGGACACUCUGCAGUUCUUUGAUGCAGUGAUCGCAGACUGCGACAGUGAACCUCUGCGCAAACAGUACAUGGAUGAUGGAAACGCAGAUGUGGACUUCAUAGUGGCCUCCAGCUCGGCAGAACACGACCUCCACUCUAACUGGGUCCUGCGGGUUCCUCGGGUCGCAGAUGACUCCAAGCCGAAAGCAGUUUAUGAGUGUGCCAAUGAAAGCGCCCCAAAGAAGAAAAACCAGAGCGGGUCCACGAGCAGCAGACUGCGGCUGCAGAGGAACCCGAUCCAUCUGCCCAAAGUGGUGGAGAGUGCAUUCCAGACUCUGCGCUUCAAGCCCAAAUUAAAAAAGCAGUGAAGCUUGAUAAGACAUUUGAAACCACCAGCACUGCCACUCUGCUGCCAUACACCAUGCUCUGCUAAAACUCCAUCCAGGCAAUUAAUACUUACAUUAAAUAUUUAGAAGGAAUUUUAAUAAAGCAAAUGUAAAGAAAUUAAUAAUAAAAAAAACCUGUCCAGCCGAUGACGUCAAGUCCUUUUUUUCACAGCAGACAUUUUGACUUAGUUAGAAAGUGUUAAUUAUAUUAAUUACAAAUUAAAAACCUUAAAAUAUUUGACAUAUUUCAUACAUUAUUGGUAGAAUUUAACUUUUAUUGCCAGCAAGUGUCAGCUUUUCAAUUUGCAGCAUUCUCUAGUUUGCUACAAAAUGUCUUCUGUGAAAGUCUUAUCCAGUAUUAUUUGUUUCAGGGAUAUUUAACAUCCAUAUCUCAUUCAUAUUUAUCAAUUGGAUUCCACAUUAAAUGUGAGAUUACUUGGGAUGACAUUUGCAGCAUAGUAUGUACUACAAAUUCUUUCACCAACCCAUCUGUUAAUAGCAUUUCUUUCAAAUGUUGCUUUUGAAAUGAAUCAAAUAAGAGAAAUAUAUGAGUUAUAUAAAAUUGUGUGAUGGGUAUGAAAUCUGGGGUUAAGUAUAGAGUUUAUGGUUCAGACCUGCAGAGACACUGUGCUCAAUUGAGGUAUCGAAGCCAACAGUAAAGUGCAACAAUGUCCUUCACAGCAAUAAACAUACUUCUGCACUGCAGGAAUGCCUGUUUCAUUUCAUUGAGGAGAUCUUUAAGGCAAGUCCCAGGGCGGAAUUGACUGAAAAGUCCAAAACCAAGGUUAUUAGGCUUACUGUUGGCAAAGUUAAAAUGGUCUUAAAUAUUAAGGGUCAAGUCACCCUAUUACAUAAAAAUAAAACACAUUUUGUGACUUAGCCUUUUUGUAUCUUGCCAUACAGACAUUUUUGGAUUAAUUUGCCUGGGAUUUGAGAUAUUUGUAAAAUUGUAUUC